GAGCAACGAGCCGAAACGCAAUAUCAUAUGCAAAUUAUCGUUGUUUUUCAACAGAAAGACAAUACGAGCUCCAUGCAAUCGUUUCUGGCACAGUGUCUUCAUCAGAAAAUACAGUACCAGAAACAGGUUAUACCAAAACGGAUCGAAGAAGCACUGGAAGAACUGCGCUUGAUACCAGCGAAACUAGAACAAAAAGCACCAGUGCCUGAAUGUGUGAUGCGCAUUGUUACUGAAGAGGAGCAUGGACAUGGUGAGGAUGGUACUGAGGCGAAUAUUGUGGAUCUUGGACAGCCGAUGAGGAUCGAAUGGAGUUUGGUACCCGAAUCAGGUUGA